UUGAUUUCCUUCUCUCAACUCUUCAGAGGGCCAAAGAAGAACCAGCAGUGGAGAAGCAAGAGGAGGAUUUGUGAUAGAAAUACAGCAAUAUCAGAAGUAAAAGCAUUGUUACCAUGACUGUUGAGGAGAAAUCAGAGGCAACUCAGGUGGUGGUUGAAGUGGCUGUUACAAAGGAAGAGGUUUUGAAGGAAGAAAAGGAGAUGGAGAAAGUGCAGCAAGUGAAGGAUGUGAUUGAUGGUGAAGAAUGCAAAGAAGGGAAGAUGGUUGAGAAGAGUUCUUCUUAUAGGGAAGAAAGUAAUUUUCCUUCUGAUCUGAAAGAGUUUGAGAAGAAGGCUUUGAAUGAUUUGAAGUCGAAGCUGGAAGAAGCCAUUCUGGGGAACAAGCUCUUUAAGAAAGAAGUGGCAAAAGAGGCUCCAAAGGUGUCACCGAAAAAGGAAGGUGAAGUGAAGAAAGAAGAAACAGAGGAGGCUGCAAAAGAAGGUGAAGAAAAAGUUGAAGAGAAGAAAGAUGGAAAGGAGGAAGAGGAAGGUGAUGAAGAGAAGAAAACUGAGGAAAAUACCGAAGAAAAGAGUGAUGAGAAGAAUGGUGAGGAGAGUGAGAAGGCUGAUGUAGAUGUUGAGGUUGACAAGGAUAUCUUCAUUUGGGGAGUGCCCCUUUUGGCUAGUAAAGGGCAUGAGGGAACUGAUGUGGUUCUCUUGAAAUUUUUAAGGGCUAGGGACUUCAAAGUCAAUGAGGCAUUUGAGAUGCUGAAGAAAACUCUUCAAUGGAGAAAAGAGUUGAACAUUGAUUUGGUUUUGGAUGAAGAAUUAGGGGCUGAUCUUGCAUCUGUUACAUACAUGAAUGGAGUUGAUCGUGAAGGCCGCCCCAUCUGCUACAAUAUUUUUGGAGUUUUGGAUGAUGCGGAGCUCUACAAGAAGACUUUUGGGACUGAGGAGAAGCGCACUCAGUUCUUGAGAUGGAGAGUCCAGCUUAUGGAGAAGGGAAUUCAAAAGCUUGAUUUCAAGCCUGGAGGUGUCAAUUCCUUGCUUCAGAUCAAUGAUCUCAAGAACUCACCCGGGCCAUCCAGGAAGGAAGUUCGUGUUGCUACAAAACAAGCUGUUGCUCUUCUCCAAGACAACUAUCCUGAAUUUGCAGCCAAAAAUAUAUUUAUCAAUGUUCCCUUUUGGUACUAUGCCUUCCAUGCACUGCUAUCACCAUUUUUAACUCAAAGAACUAAGAGCAAAUUCAUCAUCGCUCGCCCGGCUAAGGUCACUGAGACCUUACUGAAGUAUAUUCCAAUUCAGGAAAUUCCUAUUCAGUAUGGUGGCCUGAAGAGGGAUGUUGAUUUUGAGUUCUCAACUGCUGAUGGUGAAGCAUCAGAAAUUGUCAUCAAGGGUGGAUCAACUGAAAUUGUUGAAAUUCCAGCACCAGAGAUUGGAACCACAUUCGUCUGGGAUCUGACAGUUGUAGGAUGGGAGGUGAGCUACAAAGAAGAAUUUGUGCCAACUGAUGAGAACUCGUAUACCAUUAUCGUACAGAAGGAGAAGAAACUGGCCUCAAAUGAAGAACCAAUUCGCAAGACUUUCAAGAACCAUGAACCAGGGAAAAUCCUCUUAAAUAUCCAGAAUUCUUCAAGCAAGAAAAAGAAGGCAUUCUAUCGAUACAAGAUCAAGAAAUCCAGCUUCUAAAGCUCUUUCUUCUAUAGUUUAUACUAUAAUUUGAGCCGGAGAAUGAUUUGUUAUUACAUUUUUUCGUUUUGUUUAGGAUUCAUAUUCUUUUGUCUUGUGCAAAUUUUUUGGGUUGGAUCAAGAAUGUUGUGAAAAUGAGUCGAAUGAUUAUUAUUGCGAAUAA